UACGAUCGGUUUAUGUCUGCAAAUACUAUGACAUGUGGUUUGAAUCGAUGGACAGUUUGUUUAUACAAAUGGAGUUAUGUUUAUAUAAUCUAAGAGAUUGUCUAUCAAUGAAAACCAAACGAUUUGAUCGUAAAUCUAAUGAACCGAUAGAUUGUUUAGAGUUUUUCCUGACCCGUCAGCUGAUGCUUGAAAUUGCUGAAUGUGUCGACUAUUUACAUCAAUUACAGACGCCGGUUAUUCAUCGGGAUUUGAAACCCGAAAACAUAUUGAUUGUCGAAAAUCGUAAUCGAUUUGUCAAACUGGGCGACUUUGGUCUGGCUAUUGAACACAAUAGUAAUAAUAAUACUAAUAAUAAUAAUAGACAGCCGACUAUUAGCAGUGGUAACGGUGCUGCUGAUGAUGAUGAUGACAACCAAUCAUCAGCAGCUAAAUUGAUAUUACAUACUGGACGAGCCGGUACUGUCAACUAUAUGGCACCGGAAGUUAAUUGCAACAAUAGAGAUGAAAGGGUGCCGUAUAAUGAAAAAAGUGAUAUCUAUAGUAUGGGUCUUAUAUUUAAAGAUUUAUUUGAUAUCAAUAAUAAUAGCAACUAUUUACAACGAUAUAAAUCUAGUAAUUAUUUGGAAUAUUAUUUCAAAAAUCUAAAAAAUCUACUAGAUGAUAUGUUAAUACUAGAUGAUUACGAUUGUAGACCAACAUCGACAAUGAUUGUCAAAUAUAUUCAAUUGUUUUUGGACACACAAUUAAUAUACAAUCAAACUGUUUUGCAACAAAAAUCAGCAAGCUCAAACAAUAUUGAUGAUGAUGAUAAUAAUAAUAAUAAUAAUAUAAUUAAUCAUAUGAUUAACAUAUAUACUGGUGUAUCAACAUUUCAAAUAAAACAACCAUCAUCAGAUUAUGAUAAUAAUCAUGAAUUAGAAACCGAUGAUUGGAAAAUUGGGAAAUUUCUCAGGAAAUUUCCAUUAAACAAUAAACUAGAUUACUAUCGUAAUUCAAUUAGACUAUUACAUUGUGACGGCCGAAACAUAUGGUUUGUUACGCUGGUCGGCGACCAGGUUUACGCUAUCGGCCAGAAUUCAAUGGGUAUACUAGGCAUAGGUUUUACUAAUAACCAACCAGUUUGCGACCAACCGAUUCCUGUACGGGAAUUAUCCGGCAAACGUAUCAGUAAAUUUCAAUUUGGUCUCACAUUUGGCCUGUGUCUGACCAGCGAUCAUCAGCUAUACAGCUGGGGUAGCAAUCGUUGCGGUCAAUUGGGUCGACUAACUGGCGGCGGACUGAAUGAAGAAUACAGUAGACCAGCACUGGUCGAUGUCUUAGUUGCUGACAAACUAGAGUCCAAUAGAUUUGUUACGGACAUGACGUGCGGUUGGCGUCACACUAUCGUAGUGGACAAUACUGGCCAACUGUACGGCUGGGAAAACGUAUCGCUAGCCAUAUCUGGUGAACCAUUGGACGGACGGGCCUACUGUUGGGGUGAUUCGCAUUAUAGACGACUAAAUUGUCCGACCGAUCAAACCCAUACCUAUCGGUUGAAUUUGGUUCAUGAGAUACCUAUGAUUAUCUAG